UGCUCUUAUUGUGCAGCAAUAUUACUUAAUGGACGCAAGACAGAUGCUUACAUUCGUAUCAUACAUCAAAUUAUUAUAUCUCAGUCCAUCUCAGGCUCUCUGGACUUCAAGCUACCUCUCGAACGAAGCCUGGGCCCAGAGCCUUGCUACGAGCAGCUUCCACCAAUGAACAACACCACAAUCUCCUUAGACCAUAUCGAGCAGCUUCAAGGAUGGACAGCAUCACCCAAUGGCCGAGGAACAAUUAACAUCAUCCAGAACAGUUUUCUGACCAUCUCUCUAUGCGCGUGGACCAUGCUGUGCUUGAAUGUGCCCCCGCUGGGUGCAAGUAGGACGGCGCAAGCCAGGCACAAGAUCAUGAUCUUCUGCGAGGCUAUUCUUGGACCAGAAUUUAUCUUUCAGACUGCUCUUGGCCAGUGGGCAUCAGCUCGCCGCUCGGUAGCCAGUUUCACUGCCUCCGGUCUGCAGGGGUGGACAAUGAAGCAUGGCUUUUUCGCAGACAUGGGCGGCUACGUCCUCGAUCCUCCAGACUUUCCCCCUUUUCCGCUGAGCGCGAAGCAGGUUCAUUACCUUGUCACGAACAACUACAUCGACUAUGCCCUUGUGGCCAUCACAUCCGAUGCGAUUGACGAUAAGAACAAAAGCGAUGGCAUGGCACGCAUCAUCACAAUGGUGCAAGUCCUGUGGUUUGUUCUCGACACGAUUGCGCGGGCGGCGCAAGGCUUGGCUAUAUCUACACUCGAAUUGAGCACCAUCGCCUACGUCUGGUGCUCCAUCGGCACUUGGUUCUUCUGGAGGAACAAGCCGCAAGACAUCAAUGUGCCAGUGAUUGUGGUACCCAACCAAACCAUGGCCGAGAUUGUGAGGAACGCAGGGUCAGCAGCGGAUGAAAAAUAUAUAUCCACGCCUCCAGAUUUUGUGGGGCGUGAGCAUCACCAUUGGACCCUUUACUGGGCGCACUGGUUCAAUAUCUUGCAUCAUAUGGGAAUUGUGUUGCAUACGAGGAAACGGCCAGUUGACAAGAUCUCGGACGAUCAGUUUCUGCCCCUAUCCGUUGGUUCGAAUGCAAUUCUGAUCUUUUUCCAAUUAGGAUUCGCGGGAAUACAUAUCGCUGGCUGGAACUUCCGGUUCCCAACACCGACAGAGAGACUUUUAUAGCAUAUCUGCACCAUCUACAUCAUCACCGCCAUGACUUUAUACUGGCUAAUAGACAUAUACGCAUUCGAGCUUCACCCUGUGUUGUGCAGGUGCUGGACGACCUGCUUCCGACGACAUAAGCUAGCAUCUGACAGCGACACCGCGGACGAGAAGCACCCAUCGACACUUCAUGUCAAAGCUCAUGCCGUUGCUGAAAAGAUCAGAAAUAAUUCUCCGCAUAAGGAUACAGAUUUGUAUACCCCGCUGAAAAGUCUAAUGCCGAUCACUUUUGUGGCGGCCGUUUACUGUCUCGCGAGAGGCUAUGUGGUUAUUGAUGAUCUUGUAAAUUUAAGAUUGCUACCGGCAAGUGCGUAUGAAUCCGUCAGAUGGAGCCCUUUCAUUCCUCACUUGUGAAGGAAUGAUAUUUUCUUGAUGCAAAUG